GCUGUGUCCCAUAGCAACUUCUUUAUUGCACCUAUUUUUGCCGUGUUGGUUUUUGAAAUGCUUCAUCGUUGCUAAAGCAUCAGAAGGAAAUUGAAACUGAAACUUCAGGCUUGGAUAUAAAGCUAGCCCAGGAGCAGCUGAGCUGCAGAGCAGCUGUGGACAUUGAGCGGCAGACACCAUUUUGCUUCCAGAUGGAGCUGUUGCAGUUUUUUGAAAAGCCGCAGCCAAUGCCUGGAGACAUCAUUAAGAUUUUUCACUUUCGCUAUACGGAUUGGGCCAUCUACGUGGGAGAUGGAUAUGUGAUCCACCUGACUCCUUGCCCAGAUUCCUACAAUAUCCUUGCUAACUGCUUCAGCUACCUGAGGGGCAAGGCCAAGGCAACCGAGGAAUCCUUGAAGAACACGGCAGGAUUCCGUGUCUACAAGGUACAUAAUCACCUGGACCAUAAAUUCAGACCUCGGCCUGUGAAUGAGAUCAUUGCAUCUGCAAAGAGGCUGGUUUGCAACAGUGAGGAGUAUCAAUUCCUUAUUGAAAAUCGAGAGAAAUUUGUCGAUGAUCUACGAUAUGGCCAGAAGCGUAGACCAUUGUCAAGCGAAAGCCCACAGCCUGGAGACCUCAUUGAGAUUUCCCGCCUGGGCUACCAGCACUGGGCCGUGUAUGUAGGCGGUGGCUAUGUGGUCCAUCUGCUCAGUUCAGGUCUGUUUUCAUUCAUCUCCGGCAGCAAAGACAGUUCACCUAUACCUUUCAAAGGCUCAGUGAAGCGCGAGCUCCUGGAGGAGGUGCUCAGAGGAGACAAAUACUCAGUCAAUAACCUUUUGGAUGACAAGUACCGCCCAAGGCCUGUGGAAGAGAUCGUCAGGCUGGCUGAGAGCCUAGUGGGAGGAAUUAGCUUCUACAAUGUGCUAUUGUCAAACUGCGAGCACUUUGCUACAAAGCUGCGAUAUGGCAAGCGCAACAGCAACCAGGUUAGAUCCAGGGUAAUGGCGUUGGGAGGUCUCUGGGAGUUGUGUUCACAGAGGGAGGAGCAGCUGUGA